UAUUAAUUUUAUUUUAUUAUAUAUAUUUCAGGUAAUUAUUAUUGUUAUUAAUGCAUUCUGUUUUUCCUAGCAAAGUUUUAUACAAGUGGUUCAUUCGCCCCUAAUCGAAUACACGUGUAUUUCACAUGUGUAUUCAUAUAACGGGAAGGGAUAGGGUGGGAGUUAAAGGCAACACAUUGAAAAAGAGGGAAUUCUGAAGAAAACUAAGGAAGACACGACAACUCAGUCGCUUAUAAAAUGAGCCACCGAUAUAGUCGGAUGUCUUUUUUGAGUUAAGUGUAGUUGUGUAACGAUUAACUAGUAGCGAUAUAGUGCAUUAUGACUGCACGAAAGAGAGAAGAAUCAUCAAAACAACGUUAUCAAGCUAAUGCACGUGAGAGGGAUCGUACUCAUAGGAGAACAUUCAAUAAUGCAAAAUUCACAAAUACUCUUAAGAAGGGUAAGGAAUUCAAACGUGAAAUUCAAGAAAUCCAAUCUUCGCUGUGCAGUGUGAAUACGGCUUUCAGUGCCUUGAGAACUUUAAUACCAACGGAACCUAUGGAUAGAAAAUUAUCGAAAAUAGAAACAUUGAGAUUAGCAAGCAGUUACAUCAGUCAUUUGGGUGCUAUUCUUGUUGCCGGUCCUAUAGAUCAACCCUGCUUACGUGUUGAGGGUACUAAUGGUGUUUAUGAAACAAAUCAUUGGGCUGAUUCACAAACAAGACGGCAAGUUUGCACUUUUUGUCUUGCCAUGCAUAGAAAACAUAAUUUAAAUUUUACGUCAGGUGUAAUUUCAAAUUAUUAA